UUCAUUCAUUCAUCCUUCGACCUAUUGAUUAGUCGCUUUGCAUCCAAUUGAGCGCAGCUGACGUCAUGAAAGCGGACGUCCGUCUGGUGCUGGCCUCCAGUUUGCCACAAGGCCGCUUGCUUGUUGGUCGCAGGAGUAGCAGGCAGGACAGGAGCAGUGGGUGCAAACUGCUCAGUGUGUGCAGUUGGACAGGUAAAGCCUCUCACUGUCAGGGAUGGCAGUGCUACGUUUCCAGAGGAUUUUCCCAAUACUGGUGGCACUUUCAGUCGGUAUCAUUGUUUUUAGUAUAUCAAGAGAACAUAUCAGCCAGAGUUUUGUCUCAAGCAAAACCAGGAAUACAGGCAAAGAUGAGUUGGUGGUUGUUGACGUGUCAGUGUUCUGGGGUAAAAUCGACAGCGUUACCUCACCUGCUGUGUUCAACACAACAAGUCAGAAUGUCUCUGAUGCAAUGACAACAGACUUGACCACACAGCCAACAACUGAGCACGUGGUCACGAGGAGCAUCACCACACUCGGAGCUGUAGGCCCCCUCAGGCAGACCGUCAUGCCCUUGCUCUUCAGGAAAGACUUUAGAAAAAUGCCCCGGUGGGAUUUUGAUGAUGUUUAUAUCCAGGAUGCCCAACCCGUGCAUACAACCUGUGCCCAGUCUGUGCGGAAGUCUGAAGAUGAGAGCUUUAAGAAGGCUUUCAUUCCCAACAUACGUUUGUUUAUGUCCAAAGGCGACAUCAACAUAAGCGAGUGGAACAGACUUUCCCAUUUCAACAACCCCUUUGGUUUCAUGCAGUUCAACUAUACGGAGAUGAAGCCCAUUUUGGAUUUGAUCCCAAAGGCACAGGAGCCGCUCCUGCCUCCCAAAACAGAGGGUGACGGCUGUGUGCGCUGCGCUGUGGUGGGCACGGCUGGAAUCCUCUACGGCUCUGGCAAGGGGAAAGAGAUAGACGCCCAUGAUCAUGUGUUUCGGGUGAACGGCGCGGUCAUAACCGGUUUCGAGGACGACGUUGGAAACAGAACCUCGGUUUACGUUCACACAUACCACUCAAUCACAGCAUCGCUGCUUAUUUUCAGGCGAUAUGGAAUGAAAGACAUUCCUCAUGAUGAGGGUAUAAAGUAUGUGCAGAUUCCUGAGGCUAUGAGGGACUACCAUUGGCUGAAUCGUCUUCUCACUGGAAAUAGAACCAUUUCUGGCUCAUAUACCUCCAAACGGCCGUGGACGUACUACGGCAAGCAGUUCAACGAAAGCCGCUUCUAUGUUCUGCACCCAGACUUUCUCAGAUAUGUGCGGAACAGGUUCUUGCUGUCUCGUCGCCUUAAUUCAUCACACUGGGCCAUCGUCAGACCCACCAAUGGAGCCUUUGCCAUCUUCCUGGCUCUGCACACCUGUGAUGUGGUGAAUAUAUAUGGAUUCAUGACAGAGGACUACAAAAAAUACCCCAACUACUACGCUCACAGGGAUUUCAGAAGCAGAGUUGUCUUCUAUGCCAACCAUGACUACAAGCUAGAGUUGAGAACAUGGAAAAAACUGCAUGACACUAAAAUCAUGAGUCUUUAUCAAAGGUUGGACUCAGGAGGAGACCUGGCAAACAACGCCACCAGAAACGCCACUGAAACAAAACACUGACACUGUGAGGACGUAAUGGCAUCAGACCCGCUUCUUCUUGGAGAACAAGAGAGGUAGGUUUUGCCCCCAAGGACAAAACAAUAAGUGGAAGACAUCAAGGAGAACGCAUUUGACACAGAUAGAGAAAUAUUUCAACAAUGUGGUAGAUCAGGACCUAAGCAGUAUAAAAAGAUAGAGAAGCAAAUAACACCCCACUCCCAGAACUAAAUACACCAUAAAUCUGUCACCAUAUAGAAACUGCUGACAGAUAUAGAAUAGCAAGAAACACCAACCCCUCAGCACGUGAAAAAAAAAGAGCCAUGUGUUUUCAUAGGUAGUGAACCCUUUAGGAAACACUUAUGAAACACCUAUUUUUUUUUUUCAAUUUAGCAAAAUGAUAAAUGUCGUUAAUCCAUGAGGAUUACAGUAAAAAAAAAAAAAAAAUACUGUUUUUAAUUGGGAGUUGGCUUUUAAAUGAAAUUGUAUGGUAAUAUGUUGUUCCUUGGCUCAGGACUAACGUUAAUAGGAAAUAGGGAAAUCCAGGUGUUAAUUUUAGAUAUAUAAUUAUUAUCAUAAAUACAUUUUUGUUUUUUGUUUUAUUUUAUUUGUUUAUUUUUUAUGAGUUACUAAUUUUCUGGGCACUUUCUUGUAAUUAUUUCUAGGUUUUUGUUGUUUUUGGUGUAGUUCUUGGAUUUUUUUUAUUUCAGUUUUUUGUAACUUUGUUGCAAUGUCAUGCUAAUUUUAAUUCAGUAUUUCUUUUUGAAAUGUUAGGUAAUUUUGUUGUAUUUUAAUUUUAAAUAUCUCAUGUAGUAUAGUUCAUAACAUAAGUAAUCAAGUGAAGUCCGGUUUCAAAUGGUUAAUCUUUUCAGAUUUGCUGUGUAAGGAUUCUGUUACAUGGCAACAGUAUCUGAUAAGUAUAAAGUGAAGGAUUAUCACUCUCUGCCCAGAUUUGUGUCAACAAGCUGCUGUGUUCAGUGCGCAAUAGUGUGUACUUAGAGCGACCAAUAAAAUAUUAGGUGUGUGCGUGUUUUGA